UGUUUUGCUACCAAGAACAGGUGUCAAAGCUUCUAUCAUUCAUCAUGUCUGGACGUGGUAAGGGAGGAAAGGCCCGUUCCAAGGGCAAGAGCCGAUCAUCCCGUGCAGGGCUUCAGUUCCCUGUCGGCCGUGUGCACCGUUUCCUGCGCAAGGGCAACUAUGCCAACCGCGUCGGUGCUGGCGCCCCAGUCUACCUGGCCGCCGUGCUGGAGUACCUGACCGCUGAGAUCCUCGAGUUGGCCGGCAACGCUGCCCGUGACAACAAGAAGACCAGGAUCAUCCCCCGUCACCUUCAGCUGGCCGUCCGUAACGACGAGGAGCUGAACAGGCUGCUGGGUGGUGUGACCAUUGCCCAGGGAGGUGUGCUGCCCAACAUCCACGCCGUGCUCCUGCCCAAGAAGACCGCCGCCAAGAAGUAAAGAGGCAAUCCUAACCAAAGAACCCCGGCCCUUUUAAGGGCCAACAAAUCUUCCAAAAAG